GCUUCAUUUUCUGAUCUGCUUUUGUGCUAAAAUGGAGGCUGGCCUCUCGCCCUAAGUGGAUCGCCUUCCUGGUUGAGGUUUAGAUGUUGACAUGCAAUAAAUCUGGAGACAGGAUGGUUGUGGAUGCACCUAAUUCCAAUGGGCCUUUUCAGCCGGUGGCUCUUAUGCACUUCAGAGAUGUGGCCCCCGCAGAGCAGGAGAAGCUCUUCAUCCAAAAGCUGCGGCAGUGCUGCGUUCUUUUUGACUUCCUGUCCGACCCGCUGAGCGACUUGAAAUGGAAGGAAGUGAAGCGGGCGGCGCUGAGCGAGAUGGUGGAGUACAUCACCCACAACAGGAAUGUCAUCACAGAGCCCAUCUACCCGGAGGUGGUGCACAUGUUUGCGGUGAACAUGUUUAGAACAUUGCCUCCAUCGUCCAACCCCACUGGAGCGGAGUUUGAUCCAGAGGAAGAUGAGCCAACACUUGAAGCUGCGUGGCCACACCUUCAGCUCGUCUAUGAAUUUUUCCUUAGGUUUUUAGAAUCGCCCGACUUUCAGCCCAACAUAGCGAAGAAAUACAUCGACCAGAAAUUUGUUAUGCAGCUCCUAGACCUAUUUGACAGCGAGGAUCCCAGAGAGAGAGAUUUCCUCAAAACAACCCUCCACAGGAUUUAUGGAAAGUUCCUGGGCCUGAGAGCGUACAUCAGAAAACAGAUCAAUAACAUUUUCUAUAGGUUUAUCUAUGAGACAGAGCACCAUAAUGGUAUAGCUGAACUACUGGAAAUACUUGGAAGUAUAAUCAAUGGAUUUGCCUUACCACUAAAGGAAGAGCACAAGAUUUUUCUGUUGAAGGUUUUAUUGCCUCUGCACAAAGUGAAAUCACUCAGUGUCUACCAUCCACAGCUGGCCUACUGCGUGGUGCAGUUUUUGGAAAAGGACAGCACUCUUACUGAGCCGGUGGUAAUGGCUUUACUAAAGUACUGGCCAAAGACUCACAGUCCCAAGGAAGUGAUGUUCCUCAACGAGCUGGAGGAGAUCCUGGACGUCAUCGAGCCCUCUGAGUUUGUUAAAGUGCAGGAGCCUCUCUUCAGACAGUUGGCCAAGUGUGUGUCCAGCCCGCACUUCCAGGUGGCAGAGAGAGCUCUGUACUACUGGAACAACGAGUACAUCAUGAGUCUGAUCAGUGACAACGCAGCAAAGAUUCUGCCCAUAAUGUUCCCUGCUCUGUACCGCAACUCUAAGACCCACUGGAACAAGACCAUCCACGGCCUCAUCUACAAUGCGCUAAAGCUUUUCAUGGAGAUGAAUCAGAAGCUCUUUGAUGACUGCACACAGCAGUUCAGGGCUGAGAAAAACAAAGAGAAGGCAAAGUCAAAAGAACGUGAAGAGGCUUGGAUCAAGAUCGAGAACCUCGCCAAGUCAAAUCCACAGUCCUGUAGCAAUGGAGACGGAGGUCCCUUUGAUAGAAGAUGUUCAGAGGUUAAAAAAGACAGUUGAGGCGGGCGCGACUCAGUUGCAGCAGGACCAGCGGAAAGAGCGGCCUAUGGUGCGACGCAAAUCUGAGUUGCCUCAGGAUAUCUACACCACAAAAGCCUUGGAGUCCCACCGCAGAGCUGAAGACAUGUUGACCACCCAUGAUGGACUCUAGGUCCUGCCACCUGCCGACUCUUUGUUCAACUGCCCCUUUUACCCUCGACGGCCAUGGACAUCCUCUUCGCCCAGGCGCCAGAAUCACACUGGCAAUGCUGGGAUAUCCAUGCCUCCUCCCACCUUCAGUUUACCCAGAAGUCUCAGUUGUCCUUCAUUCCUGCUGCCCCAGUGCAGAAGCCCUGUAUCCUCUUCCCUCAGAUUUCUGCUUUCUCAGGUUUUUUCUUUAUUUGGAGAGGAGUGGGAGAGUGUAUUGUUUGUCUUUUAGCCCUCUCCACAUUGAUUGUGUGCCCCGAUUUAUUUCCCCCAUAGGUUCCUCUUACCUUGCUUUCUCCUUCAUCCCCCUGUGCAUUCACUGUAGAUGUGGAACCUGGGAGUACGAAUGCCACGAAGCUGGUUCCUUCAUUCCAAACACAAUGGAUUGGACGUGGAAACAUAGGAACUGUAUGACUCACUGUCUAAGGAUCGUUUCUUGGUCUCUGCUUGGUUUUCUUUUCUGUCAAACGGAACAAAAUCAGAACCUGUUGGUCAGAUGAAAGACUUUCCUGUCAUCCGUUAUAUGUUUUCUUAAUUUUUUUUUGCUAAAUCUUAACGGACAUCUUGUCAGUGCCAAGACUGUUGUGUUCCGUAUGUUUGUUUGUUUUCAUGUUUUGAUCUGUGACUUCAACAAGGACACCUGCCUUUGUUUUUGGUCACUGGUGUUUGACAGUUUUUGUUGUUUUGUUUAGCACACCAGACCAAACUGAGACUCGUCCUUAGCCUUGCAAUGUCCAGGAAAGGUGGCGAGGAAAGAGGAAGGUGUCCUGUGGACAUCAGACACUUUCCAUUUUAUUGUUUUGUGCCAUAUGCAACUCUUUUAUAUGCUUGCUCUCCUUAAGUUCAUUGGCAAUAUUUGAAAACCAGACCAUAGUAAUGAUGCGGCAGUUCAAACAAUGGUACUUACUGUAUAUAAGGACGAACCUGAGUAAAAGCUGUUGGUAUUUGCAGUAGCAAAGAUCCAGGGCUUGGAUGAAGCACGGUUUUGCACUCAGUUGCGUAUACGGGCUGCAUCCUGAAUAAAAAGAAGAAAGCGCAGCUGUGAGGUGUUCAUGGUGACUGGUGGGUUUUAUAUUUAUAUAAAAAUAAAUAGGGAUGAUUAUCUUUGUAAAGGAAAUAUAUUGAGAGAUUAGUUUUGUUGAAUGUGAGUGGAGGAACAGAUCUGUACCAUCCCAACACCUAAAAACUCUACCUACUAAUGGACUUUUAACUAAGUUAUGACCUUUGCUAAUUUUUUGUUUUCUUUUUAAAGAGCAGUGAGGUGUACUGGCAGUGUCUGCUAUAAAUAUUUGAAUGUCCUCUAAUUAAAAAUGGAAAUUAAUUUAUUAUCAAAUUUAGGCGCUGGUAACCUCAGUAGCUAUUAGCUUACUGACAUUAAAUGAUUAACACACAAAUGACUUCUGAACAAUAUGUGGCAUGUUUGUGGUGCUACCAUUCCUAAUUUGAGCGGUUAGCUUUCUCAGUGAGGAAGCAGUUGGAAAAUAUCUUCCAGUCGGUACCAUUGUUUAAACUAAGGAGGUCUGCUAGAUUUCUUCAUAUUUGAUGUGUUGUAUUUCUUUGUCUUGUCUCUGGAGGUUAAGUAGUGUGGAUGUCAGGUUUUUAGUUCUCGUUUGUCCUGGUCACUCAGGACGCCCAACGUGGAAACAGACUGGUAUCAAAUGGCCACAAAAAUGCCAGAUGCUGAUAAUAAACUGACAUUGUGACUUGGCUUGUUAACUGUAUUAAUACUGUAUUUGCUUGAAUGCAAAAAGAUGUAAAUUAAAAACUACCAUGUUAAACAUGUACCUUUUACCCUGGAGGAAUGCCAUUCACCAAACGGAUUUCUGUUGUCGAGUUCAUUGCAUUUAUGAAACAAUCCGGCUCGCCGGGAGAGAUGUUUUAUAGAUUUUAUGAGUUUGAGUCAAGAGAUGUUUAUUUUAGUGCUGAAAAAAACAAGUCGUCCGUGAUAACGAGAUGAUUUAAAAAUGAUUCGGUGGCUUGUUCUCUUUCUGCAGGGUUUUAGCAGAUCUUUUAAUUUCACAUUAUUUCCAAAACAUGAUAACUUAAAGUGUCCUUUUGUAUGUGACCUGUACUAUAUGAUUCAUUUAAUAUUGUAUAUAUGAUUUACCUUGUUUCAUGUAGUGUUAUAUAUCUAGAUUAAUUUUGUACAAAUUGUCCCUCUGUACAGAAUAAAACAUCAAUAGCAAGUGAAAGAAGUCAAUCUGGCACAUACCGUCUUAUUUCUCCUGUUUUGGAUGUACUUUCAUUGUCACAAGGAGUUAGAAAACGUUCUUAUUUUUUAUGAAAAUCCGCAAAGUUUCCUCCCUCCUCUAUAUAACUGACAAAUGUUCAUGUCCGUUGUGUGCUCCUAUCACUGUCUUUAGUGGUGUACAACUAUAUAGGAUGAAUAAAGAGAUUAUUUGAAUAUA